AAAAUUGUUCUCGCGUGAUUAAACCAAUAGUUAUAGCAUCGACGAUACUUGGCUUCAAAUAAUAAAUUGAGGGCAUGAAGUUGCAAAAAUCAAAACACAAUCACUAAAGUGCAAAAGCAUUAUAAUACAUACCACUAAAGCGUAAUUUACUCAUUCCACGAUUAAACAAAAAUGGCGCCACAAUAAAAAUGGCCGAAAAUGGGCAAGUAAUUGCAGGCAGGCAAAACAGGCCUCUCCCUCUUCUUCAUUGUCUGCAUAUCCAGCCCGCUAUUACUCUCAACCAAGAAUUUGAAAUUAAUUUCUGUAGUUUUGAAGCACAGAUACAAAAUUGAGAACAAGCAAGAAGACGAAGCAAAAAAUACUCUAUACUCACUUGAAUUAGUUUUGGGUAAAUUAACACUUGUUUAUAUAUUUAAUUAUAGAUAGAGAGGCCUAGCUACAAAUCGGUAUCGGAAAAUUCAAAAUCCAGGUAAUUCUAAGCCCUAUUAUCAGGACUUGUACAAACCCUAGAUUGAAAAGUAGUCGUUGAAUUUCUAAUUCAGGGUCAUUUAUGUAAUUACAAUUUUGUACAUGAUGUGGUUUAACUUUUUGUUAAUGCAUAUUAUUUGAUCAAAUAUAUAUGUUCUGUAUCUUUAGAAAUUUGUUGUUCAGUUAAGCUACUCGACUUAUUGUGAGUUUGCUGCUGUAAUGAACUGGGGGGAUCAUUGCGAUAUCAGUGCUUUAGUAUAUGUUUGUAUUGUACUUGUGAGGAUUAAAUGUUAUAGUGCUGAAAAUGGACUUGCAUCUGAGAAUUUGAUUAAAAAGACGAAGAUAAUUAUGAUGUUAUAGUUUUGAUCUUGGAUUACAAGUAUACACUUUCCCGUCUACUCAAUUGCGUUCUUGGCUUCAUAAGUUAUAUGAUCAAUGCAUAGUUACCUGUGAGUUGUGUCAUCCUACACUGGUUAGUUGGUUAAUUAUUAAAUGCCUGGCAUAAGUCUACAAGACUAGCCUUUCAAAAAAAGAAAAAAGUCUACAAGACUAUGUCUAUCAUACACCAGAAUUUCGGCUCAGGGUGUUAUGUUAUUAAUUUUCUAUUGUGCUCUGUUACCCCCCUCAUUUUAUGUUUAAUUUGAUUUGCUAAUGCAUUUUGGAAACUAUGAGAAGGUUUAAAUUGUAUCUAUAUGUAUGUUAUUGUGUAUAAGUGUCUAAAGACCCUCCCAAAGGAUUUACUCUUGUGAAGUGCUUACACUAAAAAUAUCAAGUAGGCAUCCUAUUAGUAGUAGUCUGUUCUCAAAUGGUCAUCUGAAUUACCAACUUGUUUUUCGCAUGUUUGCACAGAACUAUUUUUUACAGAACAUAAAAACAAAAGCAUUACAUAUCCCACUUAAGAUUGUUAAAAAUUUAAAUUUAUCUUUACAGCAAUAUUUGAUGUGGAUUUAUUCUAUAUAUACACCCUUUUUUUACUUGCUAAGAGCAUCUCCAACCAUACAAAACCCUUAGCUAAAAAGUGAGUUGGCAUUCUAAAUAUAAAAAAUUUAGCCAACCUCUUGAAAACAUCACUCUCCAACCACAUGAAUCUGUUGUCUAUAAUUUUAGCCAACCUCUUAUGGAUGGUUAUAUUUGUCGAACCUCUACAGACCUGUAAGAAAUCCGUAAGAAGACCAUGCAUCAUUUAUUACCAUAUUGAACUGAUAUAUUCUAUUUUGACAAACUAAAAUAUUAAUAACAUACUAUUUUUAAAUUAUAGCCAACCAAUAUAACCAAUACCAUUGAAGUAUAAUGUCUUACAGGUUCAACAAAUUUUACAUAAUGUCUUACAGGUCCAAUUUAGCUAAUGAUUAUAGCCAACGCCGUUGGAGAUGCUCUAAGAUACUUUUUUCAAUUUUUUAAUACUUUUUUCCAUUUAUUAAAAUUGUUCUAAAAAGGCAAUCUAACUUCUAUUUCUGUUGUACGUAUUCAGUAUAACUUAUUUCUAUAGAUGAUAUUGUCAAUUCCAAGGAAUAGUUACAUAUGCCUUGAUGCUCACACACACACACACACACACACACGAGAGUUAGGUUCUAUGGAGUCCACAUUUAAGCUAGAGUUUCGGAGUACCGUUCAUAAUUUUUUUAUUUAAUCAUAUAAAAUAUCUUUGAUUAUCAAAAUAUAUAUAUAAUUUGUCAUUUAUAGGUAAUCUUAAACAACAUUAUCAAUUAAAUGUUAACAUCCUUUAAUUGUAAUAAGCAUUAAGAUCAUUGUUCUGCUUAUUAAUUAUUAUAUAGAACAUAGUGUUCUACGAUCUAUAAAAGUUGUUGUUGUGCAUGUUGAUUACGUUGUAGAACAUAAUCUAUCUUCAGGUUGUCGGAUGUUUAAAAAUGUUAUUGAGCAAAAAAAAUUAAAAUUGAAACUUUAUCCAAUUUUGAAGAACGUGGACUCCAAUGGACCAAUACUCCACUUUAAAUGUGGACUCCAUAUAACUUCACUCAUAUAUAUUGAAUGUUUAUUAUUUUUUGCUUUUAGGAACCUGAUUGAUUUUAAACAAAUGGGACUGAAUAACAUUUAGGAGUUAGGAAAAAGAAUGAGUGGAUAUACUUCAGGUUCCGGUCACUUAGUCCAUGCCUUGUUGGCUAUAUAGAAGUUAUUGUUUGUUCUCGAACCGAUAGGACUAAAAAACAUUUAGGCGUUUGGAAAAGGAAUGAGUGGAUAUACUUCAGGUUUUGGUCGCCUAGUCAAUGCUGACGUUGGUUAAAUGGGAGUUAUUGAUUGAUCUCGAGUCGAUAGGAUUGAAAAACAUUUAGGCGUUUGGAAAAGGAAUGAGUGGAUAUACUUAAGGUUUCGGUAGUUCGGUCUCUUAGUCAAUGCUGACGUUGGUUCAAUGGGAGUUAUUGAUUGAUCUCUAAUCGAGGGAACUGAAAAACAUUGAGGUGUUUGGAAUAGGAAUGCGUGGAUGCACUUCAGGUUUCGGUCACUUAGUCAAUGCUGACAUUGGUUCAAUGGGAAUUAUUGACCACAAAGGCGGUGCUCCUACCGAGUUACCUCCUCAUAUAGCAGUGAUCGAGGAUACUAUAUCAAAGCUCAAGCAGCAUAAUGUGUCUUACGAGGAGGCGAAGAGGCAAUUAGACUUUCUUGAGAAAGGUGGGGAUCCCUUGGACUUCAGAGCUAAUAGUGCAUCUUCACUUAGCGCACAAUCUACUUUGCUAAUGGACCACAGGCAUGACCACUUGGGGACCAGUAUCGUAAAAGAUAGGCUUGCAGUAGCUGCUUCACCUCCUAAGGAUUCCAUAGAGAGUAAUAGUAAGACACAGGCACCCCUAGAUGAUAAUACUGGAAGGAACGAUUUUCUCAAAGGUGAAAGAAAUUGUAAACAUUCUCCUAGGAGAAUUAUUGGCCAAUUUGAGAAAUCUUUCCGGUUAGGUGGUAUCGAGAAUUCCAAAGAGUCAAUUGACUCUGCUGCUUCCGGGCUCCGAAGAAAAGCAUAUAGACAAAGGAAUAGAUCACGGUCAAGUCGUGAUGGUACUCAAUCAAGUUUGUCUGAUAUGGUGUCAUCUCAUGGUGUUCAUACUCAUUUACCUUCUCAAUAUGCUGCAAGGGAUGCGCAUGGAUUGGUAAUUAAUGAAGAUAAUCAGAAGGACUAUGAUGUCUGUCUAAAGUCUAUUUUGAAUUCAACAAGUCCAAAUUACAAUAGUGCUCCCAAGAAGAAAAAACUCAAUAGAUUUGAAGCAGCUGGUGGUGUACAGAGUUUACAUUCAAACGUUGACAUGGUCAGAGGUGGUGUUCCUGAUGCUAAUGCUUCCAAUAGUUUGCCUGAUAACCAGCAUAAUGAAUAUUCAGACUCUGCUUUACGGGUAACUCAUGUUAAUAAGGCUCAGUUCGAAGAUUCACAGGAGGUACACAAAAAGGCUGAUUUAGCAGGCCAUAAAUGUGCCUCUUUCUUGGGAAAGCCAAAAGUUGAAGGUCAAGUAAAUCUUGCGCAAAUGAAAGGGAUUAUUCGUAUAAAGGGAGAGAAAAUGAGCACAUUGAAUGAACAUCAAAUUGGGAAUGCAGUAUGUGGGGCCAGGGGCCUGAAUUUAGAGUCAUCUUGCAACCAAACAAGUCUUGUACUAGAGAGAAACCUUGAUAGUAAAUUUUGUACAAGUAUAAGAAUCGGAUGCUCCAAAGGGAAUGAUGAUCAAGAAACUGUAGCAAUUGAGGACACACCAUAUAAGGGAGGUAAUAAAUUGAAGGAAACUGACGUUGCCAAAUUUAAAGAGGCACGUGAUAUUACUAGUGACAAUAAUAAUUGCUUUCGCGAACAGAAAAAUGGUUAUAUUUUGAAAAACAAGCAAGCAUUAAAUGAAAAUUUAUCAGGAUCUUUAAUUGAGUUGGAUCGAGUUCCUACUGUGGGAGUUGUGCCAGAUUCUUUUACUUCUCAGGGAAAUAAAAGGCUUUCAAAUAGUUUAUCAGAUCCUGGCUUCAUCAGUAAAUAUGGAAAUGCUUAUACCUCUGAGCUUCGGUCUAUAAUGGAGUCCUCUAUUCAAGAAACUUCCGAUACUAAAUUGUCUUCUAGGGUUUGUGCUGUUUUACCUGAGCAUCAAAACUGUCACCAAGUGACCUCCAAAUUGGCAACUAUGGAAUGUAAAGACUUAAUUUUAGAAGACGAGCGGAUGACAGAGAGAAUUACUGAUAUAUCAGCUCAUACGCUGUCGCUGGAGUUUUGUCGAAGAUCUCAAUGGGAUUUUGUCCUUGAAGAAAUGGCAUGGCUGGCAAAUGACUUUGCACAGGAGCGAAUAUGGAAGAUAAGUGCUGCUUCUCUAAUAGGCCAUAAAGCUUCUGCUGCUUUUCCAUUGAAGUCUCAUGAACAAAAAUCUUGUAAAAGGCAAAAAGAAGUAGCCCAUUACUUGGCAGAAGCUGUUGUCAACUUCUGGCGUGCCAUAGAGGAGAGAAACAAAGAUCAGAACUUGCACAAACCUGGAAAAGAUUUCUCGCAUGCAAUCCAGCGAUAUGCUUUAAGAUUUUUAGUAUACAAUACCUGUACCGUGCAACCUGCCCAAGCAGACUCUCCUAUAAUACUGCACAGGAUAUCUGAUCAAAACAUUCAAGACAUGUCAUGGGAUACUUAUUUAAAGGAGGAAAACCUCUUCUAUUCUGUUCCUACUGGUGCAAUGGAAGCCUACAGAAAAUCUGUUGUGUCCAGUUUGCUGCAGUAUGAGAAAACUGGCAGCAUGAAGGAGGAAGUAGAAACAACUUGCCAUGACACUCUAGCAGUUGGGAACCUCUUCUCUGUAGUUAAUGCGAAACGGUGUGCGGACACGCUAAAUGUUUCUAUUCCAACAAAACGUGUGAGGACUGCUUCGCGUCAAAGAGUUCCAAGUCAAUUUACUGAAACUUCUGGUUGUGUUCAGGCACAAAGUAAGACAUAUGCUUCUAGUGGGGACACCACCUCUUUUCUGGAUGACCAGAGCACAUUAUAUGGUGGAUUGCACACACCAAAUACUUAUGAUUCUGCUGAAAUACUACAUGAACCCAAGAAAAAGGAAGCAAACAUCAUGAGAGAAAAUAAUAAAAGGAGUCUAGAUACUCAUGAACUUGAAUCUAAUGGAAGCAACGCUUUCUGUGAAGGUGGACUGGAACGGGGCCGCAAAAGCAAAACACUGAAGAUAAUGCAGGCCCCUGGGGGUCAACCGGGUUUAGGAAGUCCAUGGUCAUUAUUUGAAGACCAGGCCCUCAUGGUUCUGGUGCAUGAUAUGGGUCCAAAUUGGGAGUUUGUCAGUGAUGCUAUUGGCAGCAUUUCACAAUGCAAGUGCAUCUUCCGCCAACCUAAAGAUUGCAAGGAGCGUCAUAAGAUCUUAAUGGAUAGCCCUGCUGGUGAUGGAGCAGAUUGUUCUGAAUAUUCAGGGUCAUCACAACCAUACCGGUCAACUUUACCUGGCAUACCAAAGGGUAUUGCCAGAAAGUUAUUUCAACAUUUGCAAGGGCCAAUGGAAGAGACUACAAUCAAAUUUCACCUGGAAAAAGUUAUUACACUUGGAAAAAGGCAGCAUUGUAGGACUAAGCCGACCCAAAAUCUAGAUCAUCAAAGACAAACGAUGAUUUCUAAGCUUCAUACGCAAGUUUCACAAGGGAGUACCAUAGGAGUGCCUCCAACUGGGGGGUCAAGUGCCUACCCCAAUCUGAAAACUCAGACUCCAAGCCACUUGUACCCACUCCAUCACUUGCCACAUCCAAUGUCUACACACCAAUCCCGUGUGCUUGGUAAUUCUGAUACCCCCCAUCUUCAAAAAUUAAAUCAGACAAGUAAUACAGAUCAUCAAGCAUGUGUGAGUCGCUUGGCUAGAGAAAAACAUAUUAAGCAGCAACCAUUAUUGCAACAACAAUAUGCUACAUCCUGUGCUUUGAUGCCAGCUGUUCAAAGGAAGUCUCAGUUACCAUUAUCAUCUCCGCAAGAUAUUUCUUUUCAGCCACAGACUUCUUCUCCACCAGUGUCCCUCUCACAAAUGAACCCAUUUUCAAAGCAUUCCCGGGGGCAUCAAUUGCCACCUCAAGGGGCAGGCAUUAAUCCACAAGUUGGCAGAGGGUUAACCAAUCAAAUGGGGAAGCAGCAAGAGUGUCAACCACAGCAACAGCAAUUUCAGCAAGCUGUUAGGAAUCAUCCUCAAUUGCACGAACAGUCACGAUCUCAACAGCAGACUAAGACUAUAAAAGGUAUAGGAAGGGGUCCCAAGGAACAUGCUGUUGUAAAUGGCCUCUCAAUUGAUUCAGGAAGCCAGUUUGAAGAGAAGGGGGAGCUGGCAAUGCAGUUAGUGACUACUUCUCAACAUACCCUACCUCAGCAGGAUAUGUAUCCUGACCAAUUCUAUCCACAUUCUAAUACUGAUAAUAGUAUUCAAAACCAUGUUGUAUCUACAAUGGAUGCCACUGUCCAAACAGUUGCAUCACCGUUUGUACCUUCUUUCGAGCAGCAGAAAUCAUUACUUCAACCUCAAGCUCGGCCUCAAUUGCAUGCUGAACCAAAUUCAAAUAUAGCAGAUCAAACUCAUGCAAAUAUUAAGAAUAUCCCCGACUGGAAUCGCCAAGUAAAUGCUAGCCCACCAAAGAAGAAGCAGGAUGUAGAGGCUGAACCUGAUUUAAGCUCUGUCAACAAUUACUCACCUCAGAUGGGUACAUCCACCUCAGUUCCAGUCUGUGUCGAAGCAGCUUAUGCAAAUUCAGUUGUUUCUGCUAAAGUUCCUCAAUGGAAAGCGCCAGAAACAGAGUCUGACUCUCAUGUUCUCCAUCAAGCAGAGUUUUGCUCUAUUGUGUCUUCGUGUCUGACAAGUUCGGGUGGUGAGCCCAGGCCUCUACCUUUCCCCGGUCAAGGGUUGGUACAGAGCCAGUCUUCAGUAAGCUUUACUCCUGUCACAGAAACAGUCACAGCUGCAGCCGUCAAUACUAUUGGCUCCAAUUAAGCAACAAGAAGAAGAAUCACAAAAGCAACUAUCCGAAAAGGAGCAAGAAGGGAUCAAUAGUUUGCAAGUCAACCCCACUGAACCGUAAACCUUAAAUUACUCCCAACAGAUGGAUAUGCAAGCUCCCUAUCCGAGAUAGCUGUAUUACUUGCUUGGGGGUACCCUCCUUAUUAUCAUGAUAUUAAGAUAUGCGUAGGUUAUGCAUAGUUUUAUGGCAGUUAUGUAUAUUAAAAUUAGAGUAGAACUCCAGGGAGUGAGAGGUAUGCGGAGUUAAAUGUUGGGGAGUUGUUUAAUUUUUGUUUUUGCAAAAUUGUUGCUGCUCGGUUUGGCCCUUGCAAAUGGUUUUCCUUGUUAGAUAUAAUUAUCCAGCAUUGUUGUGGUAAAA